AUGUCUGAGUUGAUCCAAAGGCUUUCGUGCGGUCCAGUCACUGUCGCCGGAGUUGGCUUUGUGAAACAAACGUCAGCUAUAGCCAAAAUAAAAGGUGACUCACUUCUUAUUCGUGAUCAACAGAUCUUUGUGGUCCCAUCAGCACAGCAAUUUCCAGUGCCAUGGUCCGAGGAACUCCGCAUUUGCCAACACAUCCACUUUUGGACGAUGACUGGUCUGUAUAUGGACGGGAUAAAGAUUCCGCAUAAAGCCGAUAUCGAGAGACACGAGAAUGAGGAAGGAAUUAUCUAUUGCGAGUAUUGCUACACAGAGUUUCAAAUUGAUUUCAAAAGUUACGGUGAAUUUGGUAACGCAAUGUUUGUUACGCGGUGGAUGGAUCUUGGAGAAGGACAUAAUCCUAACGAAUACAAAUGGAGAAGUCGACUGACGGUCUUCAUGCAAAGAAUACAGAGAAAGGUCGCUUUCGAACGUGGCUUUAUUUGCACCUCGUUUGAAGAGAUUCCACACUCGGAGUUCAAAUUCGAUUCCCUCUUGACAACAAAGGCUGAGAAAGAUUUGAAGACGAUGAACUUACCUCCAGCACGGCCUUAUCACCUUAAUAAAACUUUCGAUAAGACUAAGCAAUACAACAAGGUCGAAGAUGGGCGCUUUGUUAACGUCCGAAUAAGGCCGGAUACGACGAUAGUCUGGCGAGUCUCCUGCCAUAUCGAGUAUUAA